UACUGGAGUAUAAAAAGCAGGUGAUGAGUAUCUUGUCUGGAAGCUUUCUACUUCAGUCUACUACACUGAAUCUAAAAUGAGAGAAGGUGUUUUAACAAACACGUGGUUGAACCCUACUUUUGCUACAACACUUCUUUCAGCUGCUUGUAUUUUCUUACUCUUUCGUUGGAUAUUAACACGUUUCCGGAACUUUCCGCCUGGUCCUGUCGGUCUUCCCAUCGUCGGAUAUCUUCCUUUCCUUGGCAAAAAAGCUUUUCUGGAUUUCAUAGAACUCAGUAAGAAAUAUGGCAACGUGUUCAGCCUCAGAUUGGGAAGUCAAAACGUCGUCGUGCUGUGUGAUUUUCUGGCUGUCAAGGAAGCUAUGAACAAAGAUGCUUUUCUAGACCGUCCACCAGAUAUUCAGAUUCAGGGACCGUCAGAAAAUAUAAGCGUUGUAUCAGUGAACGGAAACUGGUGGAAAGAACAACGACGAUUUUCGGUUCAUAUUUUACGUAAUCUUGGUUAUGGUAAAACAAAAAUGGAAGACCACAUCAAA